UAAACCUGUUUCAAAUUUCCCAGUAGGCAAAUUAAAUAGAUUUGCAAGAAAAAGUAGUGCAUAUUUCUUUCCAUCGGUUUGAUGAAUCGAAGAGUUGGUCCGCUUCGUCCGGCAUCGUAACCUGUCGCACGUUUUUUCCAAAUAAUUAUACUUCAAAACGUGCUCUUCAGUCACCGCCUGAUCACCAUGAGAAAUGCGCGCCUAACCAACUGGUUUGUUUACUGACCAGCAUUCUAACAAGAUGCAAACAACAGUGCUAUGUUUCGUGAUAUUGUCGUCGUUGCACACGAUUGCAGGACACUCGUGUCCUGCAGGAACCGACCUGGGGGACAACUACAAUUACAAAAACGUAUCGUCGGUGAAUUGUGGCUGUGACAAUCCCAGUUUGUGUUUUCGAAAAUGCUGCAGGCCGGGUUUUCGAAUUACCCGAGGGUUCUGCGUUAAGGACAACUCGAGUGACUUAACGUUUCCGGUGUACAGGGAUAAGACGGUGUUCGUGAGGAAUGUCACCGUAAACAAAUACAUGGCCGGUGUUAUGGAUUGUAAUUUUUUUCUCUUCAAAAACGCAAAUGGGGAGUCGUUGUACGUUCAAGAAAAUAAUCACUUGUGGACCAGCAGCAAUAAAAGUUAUGACUACCGUUACUUUUGUCUGGAUUAUUACACAGUUUAUGGCAAAAGCGGAUUCGGUGCCCUUAUUUGUUUCCAAAAGGAUGUGCAGAAGGCCAUUUAUAAAAUAGGUAUGCUGAUAUCCAUUCCAUUCCUCUUCCUAACAUUACUGGUUCAUUGCAUCUUACCUGAAAAAAAUCUGCAUAUGAAGGCUCUUAUGUGCUACGUUACAAAUUUGAUGUUGUCUUACAUUAUGCUGGUUACCAUUGAACUCUCAGAAGGAUUUUCAACAGGCGUUUGCACUUUCCUAGGUUUUACAUGUCUAUUUUGCUUCAUAUCCUCAAUUUUCUGGAUUAAUGUAAUUUGCAUCGAUAUCUGGCUUACUUUUAGCGGAAAACUGGGAGUGCAUGGAAGUAGAAAUGAGGGUAGACGAGUCUUAUUUUAUUCUGCAUACGCUGUAUUAGCACCAGUUAUUUUGAUACUAAUCACAUUUUUAAUUAACCAGUAUGGUGAUAGCACCAAAGAUUACCAUCCUGGUAUUGGUGGAGGCCAAUGUUUUUUGAAAACGAAAUGGCCGUAUUUAUAUUACUUCCAUUUGCCAAUGGGAAUAUUGCUAACCGUUAAUAUUACAUUAUUCACACUCACAGCCAUUAAAAUUCGUCAAGCAAAACGGGAGACCAAAGUACUCAAGAGAGAUGAUAAUAGAACCACAUCCGAAAACUCUAAGAAUAUUUUUAGGUUCAAUCUUUAUCUAAAACUUCUCUUUGCAAUGGGUGUGAACUGGUCUUUGGAAACCAUAUCAUGGGCCCUGGAAACAUUUGCCACCGUUCCCAAAGAAAUAUUCUACGUCACCGACUUCUGCAAUGCCAUUUAUGGAUUACUGAUAUUCUUAAUUUUCGUCUGUAAGAAGAGAACUUGGAAGAUAUUAAAGAAAAGAUAUUACCAAUUCCUUGGAAGAUCUCACUUGGCACACAGCAUGAGUACCACCAACCAGAGUACCAGGAUAACGAGUGUUUCAAUAAGUGAUGCUCCUACUAAUGGUGAAAUGAGAAAUGCUGAAUCCAUACGUUUAUCCAAAAGAGCAAAUUAACGAACAUAAUCAAAAAAUCUUUGUGGUAAAACAUUAAGGAGUUUGAAUUUAAUCCCAGACAGUUCGUAUUUUAUUCAUACCUGUGUAUAAACAUUAAUAAUUAUGCUUGAAUUUAGUAAUACAAAACAUAUUUAUUCGUGUUAGUUAUCAAUUAAUUUAUUAAACAUAUGUUCGUUAAUUUAUAUGUAUUUUUCGAAAUAAUUUAUUUUAUUAAAAUAAAUUAAAAUCUGGAGCGAAAGUACAAUAA